AUGCUGGAUCUGGAGGAGAUCGACAAGGAUCUGUAUCGGUCCAAGAAGCUGUGGGUCCCCAUGGGCGCAAGAGGUGUCUUUGGCGGCAAUGUCGUUGGCCAGGCCUUGGUGGCAGCGACGAACACUGUCUCGACAGACUACUCUGUUCAUUCACUGCAUUCAUAUUUUCUUCUGCCAGGAGACCAUUCAAUCCCAAUCUUGUAUCAUGUGGAGCGCGUCCGGGAUGGCAAAUCAUAUUGCACAAGGACCGUAACAGCAACACAGCGCGGCAAGAACAUCUUUGUUUGUACAGCCAGUUUCCAGGUUCCCCGACCCAGUGCACUGAGCCACCAAUACCCCAUGCCGAAUGUCCCUCACCACAGCGAACUGCCAAGCCAGGAAGAUUUGAUCCGGUCCAUGAUCGAUAGCCCCAAAGUCCCAGAAAACUUUACAGAGCUGCUGAAGCAAAGACUGGAGGAGGACACGAAGCGCCAUACACUCAAGGAGCUGAGGAAUCCAUCUGUCAGGACGGAGCAGAGCUUCUGGAUCAAAUGCAAAGGCAAGCUUGGGGAUGUGCUGGCACUACACCAGUGCGUGGUAGCCUAUGGAUCAGACCACAACUUGUUGAACACGGUCCCAUUGGCCCAUGGAAGCACCUGGUUGUCGAGGAGAGGAGCUAACCCAAAGAUCACGAUGAUGGCCUCAUUGGACCACUCAAUGUGGUUUCAUUGUCCAUUCAGGGCGGAUGAGUGGAUGCUCUAUGUGUGCGAAACGCCUCGCUCAGGAUGCGAUCGUGGAUUGACAUUCGGAAGGAUAUACAAGGAGGAUGGCACCUUGGCCGUAUCUGUCGCACAAGAGGGAGUUGUUCGUCUGAAGGAAAGCACUCCUUCUGCUGCCACAGUCGAGCAGCCCAAACUGUAG